CGUGGUCAAUGAAUAUUAAUUAGCUAAACAGGCGUGGUUUCUUUAUGGGCGUGGUUAUAAAAUUAACCCUUUCUUGUCUCAUGGCAAUGGAGUCAGUUGAUGCUCUUGAUGAGGAAGACUGGUGGCUGGAACCAGAGGAGAGAGAGGCCAGAAGGAGAGGAGGGAAAAGAAAAAAUGAAGAGGGUGUGACUAGUAAGAAAAAAAGAAGAAAAAUCAGUGAAAUGAUAAAGUUAUUAAAACCUGAGAGCAUUAAUGACCUCCAUACUACUAACAGACAAUUAAAUGAAUUAUCUACUAAAUUACAAUCUCAACUAAAGACACUGAAUGAGAAACCGCUCUCAUUAAAGAAAAAAUAUUUUGUUUCUUACAAAAUUGAGGAAGAGGAGGAGAAGAGAGAGGGAAAGGAAAGAGUAUCACUUGAAUUAGGUCCUUACUUAAGUAAUGUAUGUCCAAUGUUAAUUAGCUGGUGUAAAGAAGGUGUGGUGAGUAAUGGUUCGCCAUAUGUUAUUGUACUGACUAGCUCAGCAGAGAGAGCAUCUCAUUUAAAAAGACAACUAGUAUCAUCACAUAAAGACAUCAGUGUCAUCAAACUGUGUGCUAAACAUUCAAAAAUUGAAGAUCAGGCUGCGUAUUUAUCCAGUCAUGUGACACACAUUGCCGUAGGUACACCAAACAGGUUUCAUAGACUUGUCAUGGACGAUAAACUAAGUAUGGACAAUGCUAGGCUCUUGAUCGUGGACUGGUACUGGAGGGAUAAGAAACUAAAGCAGUUUUAUGAUAUCCCAGAGGUAUGGAAUGACUUUUCAAUCUUUUACAUGAAGACUCUGAAUGAACUUGUUAACAAAAAGCAAUGUAUGAUAGGACUAUUAUAAUUAUUAUUAAUUAUUACAUGUACAUGUAUAAUAACAAUGAGCAUUAACCAUCCAUACAUUUUUGUAUAAAUAUUCAUUCAUAAAAUAAUCCAUUGAUA